GUACUAGAACCCGCGUUUACCCAGCACUCUAAAUGCUUUGGUCUGGAGCAAAGAAACAGUGUUUUCCAGGCUUCUAUGUCACGGGACUCACAAAAAUCCUCAAUCCCCAGCCAUGGGCAAAAGACAUCAUCAGGCACAAAGGUGAAGGCACCACUGUCCCCACCGUUGUCACAGACGUGGAAACGAGACCGAGAACAAUCUCUGGUGGCAGCCUUUGUACCAGUAGUGGUGGAUCCUCGGGGGCAUAACCCGGAAAAUAUCAGGUUCAACUUCUACACCUCCCAGUAUUCCAACUCUCUGAACCCCUUCUACACCCUGCAGAAGCCCACCUGUGGCUACCUGUACCGCAGGGAGACCGACCACACCCGCAAACCUUUUGACGUUCCUCCAGCAAACCUGAUCUUGUGGCGCACCUAGGUCCUUGGCAUCUCUGGAAGUCCCCACCCUGCACCUUCACCCUGUGGUCCUGGGGCCCAGAGGGAAAUGCCAUUCAUUCCUGGAGGAGCAGUGUUAUAUCUGGGCUAGCCAGGAAUGCCGUGACAGCAGAGGGGGGCUUCUUCUCGGAAGAAAUAAACUUUGUCCCUCCUUU